AUGCUUCUUCAUCUUUCUCAAUCAUCUCUUAUUUCAUCAAAUCAAGUUCAAACAGCAUUGAAUAAUCUUUUGAUAGAUCCUAAUUCAAAAAAGAAUCUUUGGUUGGUUAAAGAUCAAAGCAAUGCCUGGAUGGAAUGUGUAUAUUAUAAUGCUGAACCGUACAAAGACGUUGUUUAUUCUCUGAUCAUUCAACAUUUGACUGGAGAUACAAAUGCAAUUAUUCGAAGAAAUGAAUUAAAUAAUAUUGAUGCGAGUUUUAAUGAAUCUGAACAAGUGGCUGGUUUGGCUUCAUGUCUCUGUGAGCCUAAAACAGAAGAAAACCGAUUAUUCGGACAACUUUCGAAAAAAAUCAAGUCAGCUGACUGAAGAUCAUGAAGAGUCAACAUCAUAUUAUUACUGCCUUACAACACAAAGCUUUCAUUGCAAAGCCAAGAGAAAGAAUACGUUAGUUCUUAAUUUGUUUUUUGUAUUUUUAAAUACGAAAAUAAAUCAUAUUUCCAAUCAUGAGGUACUCUUUAAAAUGAUAAACCAAUCUCAUGAGACGUAUUUUGUCUAUAUUUUGAAUGAAAAAUAACUCAAAUUCAAGAAGGUUGAUACUUUUUAAGAAUUUACAAGUUCAAGAGGAUGUGGAUGCUAGUACAGGAUACACCCAUACACUUACACCCACACCCACACCCUCUCUCUUAUGUAUGAAUAUACAUGUAUAUGUAAAAGAAAAAGAAAAGGAAAGAUAAUAAUUUGAAUAAAAUUGAAUUUCAGCUGAAUUGAACCGAAGAUUUUACAAACAUCAAGUUUCGUUACAGAGAAAGGGAUCUGUAACAAAUAUAUAUACUAAGAAUGAAUAAAGAAAGUGUAGCAAAUUUCUUAUUUUUACUCCACUACUCAUUAGUUUCAGUCAGUGCGUCCUUUUACAGACCCACAUUUCCGUAUGAAGUACUCAUGUAUAUAAAUAAGUAUCAAUUAAUUAUUGUGUUGUAAUAAUUUUUAGCUGAUAACGAAAACAUUAUUUUCUUUUUAACGUUCAAGGAAUAUAUAACGAUGAACAUUUAAGUUAAGAACAAUAUCACCUAAAUGAUAUUUCGAAAUAGAUCGAUAAGCAAAGCCUAAAAAUGCCAUUGAAAUUGUCCAUUUUCAAAUGAUGGGUAGAUUAUUUCUCUCAAUUUUAGGUGCUCUUUGUCAUAUAAGUCUUGUAAGUGGAGAGUAAAGCUGGAUGUAUUAAGGU